AUGAUAAUGAAUCGAAGGAUGAUAGAUCAAUGUUUGUUGAUGGUCUUUCUAUGUUUGAGUUAUGAUGGGGUACGAGGAACAAAGUUGUCCAAACAAGAAGAUUUAGAGUUGGAGAAGCAACUAAAAGUCCUAAAUAAACCUCCAAUUAAAACCAUUAAGACUAAAUAUGGUGAUAUAUAUGAUUGUGUGAAUUUCUACGAGCAACCUGCAUUUAACCAUCCUUUAUUGAAGAAUCACAAUUAUCAUCCACAGAUGAAACCAUCUUUGUCUAUGAAAGAGAGCGUUUCAACUAUAUCAACAAGUAAUUACAAGUUGUCAAGAAUCGAAUGUCCAGUUGGAACUGUUCCUAUCAGAAGAACAACCAAAGAAGAUCUUAUGAGACAUAAACUUAUGCCGCCACCAGAAGAUGUCAUGGUCAAUAAUUCACUUAUUCGUAGAGAAAACUCCAGUGAUUUAAAAAGAAGAUAUAAACCUUUAAAAGGGUACAAGAUUGCAAUCGUUCAUACCGAAGACUUUCCAGGUAACAAAUUUGGUGGAGCUGGGGUGAUAACUAAUGUCUAUAAUCCUCAUGUCGAAGGUCAACAACAUAGUGCAUGUCGAUUGAAAUUGAUUAAGGAAACAAAUAUCAUACAAGUCGGUUGGAGAGUUGACCCAACCUUAUAUGGUGACAACUUGACUAGGUUAUUUAUACAUUUUACGGAUGGUAAAACUAGUAGUUGUUUUAAUUUGUUUUGUCCUGCAUUUGUUCUUCUAAACACACAAAUACCGAUAGAUGGAGUGUUUGAUCCCGUUUCAGAACGAGGAGGGAAUAUAUCUGAUAUAGGGCUUUCGAUAAAUUGGGACCUAAAAGAAGGAAAUUGGUGGUUGUUCUCUACGGAGUCUAAUACACCAUUUGGUUUUUGGCCUCGAGAGGUGUUUGAUGACGACUUUGCACAUUUUGCAACCAGAGUUGAAUGGGGUGGAGUCGUAUAUAGUCCACAAGGAAUACUCGAACCUCCGAUGGGUUCAAGCUUUUUCCCUAUUGAAAACGAUAACUAUGAUGCAUUUUGUAAAAAUAUGACACUUUUAAGCGAUAGAGGUGAACGACUCUUUGCAGUAGAGAGUCAAUUGUCCACAUAUAUAGACAACAGUGAUUUGUAUAAUGUUCUGACUAAUCCUGGUUUAAUGUAUUAUGGUGGACCUGGUGAACAGUAA